GACCCUUCACAGAUCUUCCCCUCGUUAUCUCUUGAAACUUAAAAUCUGUCUGAAUCAGAGAAGGCCAUCACCUCCACCCUGCUUCUUCACAAGGCAUUGUUGCAAGCGGCGAUUUAUUUGCACACGGUGCCAACAGUGGUAGUCACAAGGCUGCAUCACACAUUUCACUAUUUGCACCCUGGGUGGAUUAAGAAGGAUGUCCAUGGACUGUUAAACUCAUUUUAACGAGAGGAGACAAAGGCUUGAGAAUUUUCACAGCAGAAACAGGAUUUACACUCAAAACUAAAGGCUUUAAAGUUUCUUAAAAGUUCAGGUGGAAUUUUUUCUUGUCAUCUUCUUGAGCAUCCUUUCGAUUUUAAGGGACUUUCCUAUUAUUUUCAUCUCCUCAAGAAGUCAGUCAUGUUCAUGAACAAGGGUUCAGAGAAAAUCCCCCUGGUUACAGACCUGAAGAAUACAUACGCUACUGUAGAAAGUGUAACAUACCAAGAGCCAUCAAAGACGAACGGCACUUGGGGCAUCAAGCAUUGUCACGAUAACAGCCAUGCACAGGCUGAUCGUGAGGGAGAGAAGAAACACGCCAGGAUGAGGUUGUAUCUGGUCUCGGUUAUUUGUCUCAUCUUCAUGGUUGGUGAAAUCGUAGGGGGGUAUUUUGCAGACAGUCUUGCAGUGAUGACAGACGCUGCUCACCUGCUGGUAGACUUCAUCAGCUUCAUCAUCAGCCUGAUUUCACUCUGGCUCUCCUCCAGACCUGCCACACAUAGUCUCAGCUAUGGCUGGCAUCGUGCAGAGAUCUUGGGUGCACUGCUGUCAAUCUUCACCAUCUGGCUUGUAACUGGGGUGUUGGUGUAUCUGGCUGUGGAUCGCAUCAUCAACGAUGACUACACCAUUGAGGGCACGAUCAUGCUCAUGACCUCUGGUUGUGGUGUGCUGGCUAAUAUUGUCAUGGCCCUCACGCUUCACCAGUCUGGCCAUGGCCACAGUCACGGGGGUCUCAGCUCACAUGGGCAUGGCCACAGCCAUGGAGGUCACAGCCACAGCCCCAAGAAAGGACAGAAACAGAUCACAGACCAUGCCAACUCAAAAGAUGACCAUGGAGAUCCAGAGCACAAUGGAGUCGAUCAUAGAGGGAGGAAUCAGCAGGCCAAUGCCAGUGUGCGUGCAGCCUUUGUCCAUGUGGUGGGAGAUCUUCUACAGAGCAUCAGUGUGCUUGUUAGUGCCAUCAUUAUCUACUUCAAGCCCGAAUAUAAGAUGGCCGAUCCCAUCUGCACGUUCCUGUUCUCCAUCUUUGUCUUAUGCACAACCUUCACCAUCAUGAGGGAUAUUCUUGUUGUCUUGAUGGAAGGUACUCCUGCUGGUGUGAAGUACAGUGAGGUGCGGGAUCGUCUGCUAUCUGUGAAAGGGGUGACAUCUGUCCACAACCUCCACAUCUGGGCCCUCACCAUGAACCAGGCUGUACUGUCUGGUCAUGUGGCUAUAGAUGAGUCAGUGGAUCCUCAGUCUGUCCAGAGAGAAAUAACGCAGGCCUGUUUCUCCUCCUACAACUUCCACAGUGUUACGAUUCAAACGGAGAGACAGUCUGACCAGAAGCCUGGGUGUAAACUGUGCGAGGACCCGAAGAUGUAGCGGCGCAAUAAGACCAAGUGACAGCUGCUUUAACCUCAGUUCACAAACAUGUAGUCGUUCCGCACUGCUCCUAGGACCCAGAAGUCCUAUGUUUAACUAUGCCAUUAAUGCCAAAGUCUUAUGACUGUGCUUUAAGUGCCUUUGUGUUGACGCUCCAGAAGAAAUGUGCCUGAAUAAAACUUAAAAUUAUUUUAGAAGGAAACCCCUGUAAGGUUUUUAACUUGCUUUAAACUUUGACAUUCAUUGUUGUUUUUCUUUUAAGUGUACGCAUGAUAAAAUAGAUAUUACAGCACACUGUAGUAAAUACAAGUUCAUCUUUUUGAAUCUAUAUAUGUUCCAUGAUUGAGUGUGUUGAGUAACUUUGAAGUAAUAUAUCUAUCUACUACCCUGAACAUCCAACGUAAAUACUAUUUACCUUGUGAUCUUUGGGGGUGCAUUCGGGCUGUGGCUUAAGUACAGUUUGUUUUAGUAAUUACUAAUUGCACCAACUGAAAGAAUAAUACACAGCCAUAUGCAAAGAAACUUGGUCUGGUAUGUAAAUAUAUACAUCAAUAAAUAUUUCUAUGCAUGGACUACUAACAAGCAACCUCAAAAGUACUCUUUGUUGGGAGCAUCAAGUGUUUUUUUAAUACGUGGUCACAAUGCCUUUCGUUGUCUUUGUAAAGUUGUAAUACACAAACUGAAAUGAAUUACUCAAUAAAAUAUUCCUUUUUC